AUCGCAGAAGAAGAGGGUUUGCUCUUUUUGUUUCUCCUUAAAAAAUUCAUUUUUUUGGUCUUUUUUUACCUCAAAAACCUCAAGAAGAAAGAUGUUAACUGCUGAGGUGAUGCCUGUAGAAAACAACAAAACAAAAUCCACUGUCAAGGACUUGCAAGAAGCCAAAAAAGUGAAAGCAACCAAGAAGCAUGAUGAACUUCAGUAUCUGGAAAUGAUUCGUCACAUUAUGGACAACGGCAUUGUUAAAAGUGAUAGAACAGGAACUGGAACAAAAUCAAUUUUUGGAGCUCAAAUGCGAUUCAGCCUGAGAGAUGGAAUCUUUCCUUUGCUAACCACAAAGCGGGUCUUCUGGCGUGCUGUUGCAGAAGAACUGUUAUGGUUUGUGCAGGGAUGCACUAAUGGUAAUAAACUCAGUGAGAAGAAUGUCCACAUAUGGGAUGCUAAUGGCUCCAGGGCAUUCUUAGACAAACAAGGAUUGACAGAACGAGAAGAAGGCGAUUUAGGUCCUGUAUAUGGGUUCCAGUGGCGUCAUUUUGGAGCUAAAUAUGUCGACAUGCAUACUGACUAUACAGGCCAAGGUGUGGACCAAUUAGCACAAGUUAUUCACAAGAUCAAGACUAAUCCUGACGACAGGCGCAUUAUUAUGUCAGCUUGGAACCCUGUCGAUUUACCUCUUAUGGCUUUACCACCAUGUCAUUCCUUUGUGCAGUUUUAUGUUGCUAAUGGAGAGCUGUCCUGUCAGUUAUAUCAGAGAUCCGGAGAUAUGGGUCUUGGUGUUCCAUUCAAUAUUGCAAGUUAUUCGCUGUUGACAUAUAUGAUAGCUCAUGUUUGUGAAUUGAAGCCUGGUGACUUUGUUCAUACUCUUGGAGAUGCUCAUGUUUAUCUAAACCACUUUGAUGCUCUGGAAGAGCAGCUAAAGCGUGAGCCUCGCCCAUUCCCAACUUUCAAGAUAAAGCGUGAAGUGAAGGAUAUUAAUGAUUUUAAAUUUGAAGACUUCGAAAUAAUGGAUUACAAGCCACACCCAAAGAUAAAGAUGGAGAUGGCUGUAUAAAUAGAAGAACAGGAAGAAUCUAAUUUCAUUCACUAAUAUUGCACUACUUGUAUAUUACUAUAGUCAUUGUUUGCUCCUUUUCAUAAUUUUGUUCCUUCUUCUAGCAGUAAUGAUGUAUAUAAAAUUUUUUGUAAAUUUUGUAAUGUUUCAAAUAUUGUUAAAACUGAAAAGAACAGCACAUUGACUCAUGCACCCACAGUCUGAAUGGUCUGAGUCUAUAGCUCAUGCCAAAUAAGCCAUUGACUUAGACCAUCAGUGUGAAAGGUCUAAUCUCUUACUAAUAGGUCUAAUGAAUACCCCAGGGGGUACUCCCCUAUAUUCGCUAUACGGGUACGUGCCGCCAAACAGGGUAUGGUUUUCAGCAAUCCUACUCUGGAACAGGGUAUAUAAAAUCGCGAUUGCUCUGGAACAGGGUAUAUGAAAUCACGCUCUCUCCUCUCUGGAACAGGGUAUCCAUUUUCACAAUACUGGAACAGGUUAUGAUUUUCAACGAUUUUACUCUGGAACAGGGUCAGGGUUCAGAGGGUUCAGCUGCACAUCCCUACUCUAAAUGGGCAAGAGUACCCCCUGGGAUGAAUACAAACAGUGUUAAAAUUAGGUUGAAAUAAUUUAUUUUUGCCCUCUGCUUUUCGCUACUAGUGGUCUAGCACCAAUACAUCACUAGUAGCUCGGCCAACCAGAGUGGAGGAUUUCUGAUAGUCAGACCAUUGGUAUAUAGGUAUACACUUAUAAAAUUUAUAUCCUGUAAAAUAAAUAUAUUGCAGUCAA